GUUGUCUUAUUUAUUUCUUCGCGGAAAUACUAACAAAAAAAUCAUUUACUUGAUCCAAAACUGUUAGAGAAAAAAACGUAGCCAAAAGAAGAAAAUAUAUACUACUAAUAUUUUCGACUUAUAUCAGAAAUUCACACUCUCUCUACUCUACCUCUCUCUAUAUUCUCCUCCUUAACUACUGCUUUAUUUUGAACCUUUCACUUUCAUUUUAAUGGCGUAGACGACGAUUUUUUAAGUAACAACAACUUUUCUUCUUCUGUAAACUUUUUUUUUUUUUAUUGUAAGAUCUUUUGAUUCUGUUUUUAAAUUAUUUCGUUAUCUUCUCCGUUUCUUUUAAGCAGAGAACCAAAAAAAAAAAAAAUCGUUUGUAUAUUUUAAUCUCUUGUUUUGAAAUUCAGAGAGGUAUAUAUAUAAUGAAGAUGGGUGAGUUUCGAGAAGCUUGUGUUUCUUCGUCUCCUUCGUCUCCUCUACGAACACCGUCUCAUUCUCCGAGCCUCAACUUUCUUCGUCAAAACUUCUUUCAUGGAGACUUUUCCCCAACCAACAACAGAUUCUCUUUCAAUUCCUCGUCGGACUACUCUCUCUCGAGCUCCUUCUCCAACAACGGAUUCUCUUCUUCCGACGAUAGCUCCUCCCCGUUCGCUUCUCCUCCGUUCAACGGGAUCAUCCCUAAGCACAACCACUCUUCUCCGCCGGUCACUUACCAUCAUCAUGAUCCACUGACUCUUAACGGCGACGAGUUGGGUCUGUGCGAAGAUCUCUACCGUAUGAAGAUCAGGGAGGAUGUCGAAGAAGACAAGCUCCGGUACGGACGAUCGGAGACUCACAGAGAUCCUCUCUGCUCGAUCCCUGAGUCGAACCACACCGGUUUCACUCUAGAUCCACUCUCCGGUUUCGGGAAAUACGAACCGAGUGACGACGGUGGAGGAUUCGUCUCCGGCGGCGGAUUCUUCCGUACACCAAAGAGCUCCGGAUUCGAUCAAAGGAAAAACGAAAACAAGAGAAGCUUCAUGCUUGGGAAUCAAGUUCAAGAUUCAACAGCCAACUCUCGGCAAAUCGGGUGGCCUAGCUUCUCAAACAGUGCUGCUUACAACAAUGGCGGUCACCAUGAGAUUUUCGGGUCGAGUUUGAAUCGAGGAGAGUACUCAGACAUGUUGCCAUUGUUCUGCCAAGGUGGAGGAGCUCAGGCUCCUUUCUCUCCUGCUUCAAAAGGCGGCUCAGAGGAGAGUUUCUUCAUGGAAGGUAAAAGCUUGGAUCAUCAUCAGAGAAGCUGCAGCAGUGGCGGUACUCGAGGGUUAACGAUGAAUGAUCAUGCGAAUGCAGAGAUUUGUCAUCAGAGUCUGCCUAACAUGUGUGACAUCCAGGGAUAUGUUUACCUGAUGGCUAAAGAUCAGCACGGAUGUAGAUUCUUGCAGAGGAUCUUCGACGAAGGGACUCCUGUUGAUGCAAUGAUUAUCUUCAACGAGGUUAUUGCUCAUGUCGUUGAGCUUAUGAUGGAUCCGUUUGGGAACUAUCUGAUGCAGAAGCUCUUGGAUGUUUGUACUGAAGAACAGAGGACACAGAUCGUGCUCGUGGCUACUGCUGAGCCUUGUCAACUUAUCAGGAUCUCUCUCAACGCAUACGGUACUCGAGUUGUUCAGAGAUUAGUGGAAACAAUCAGAACAGGAAAACAGAUUUCGCUUGUGAAAGCUGCGUUGAGACCUGGUUUUCUCGACUUGAUCAAGGAUUUAAAUGGAAACCAUGUGAUUCAACGUUGCUUGCAAUGCCUUGGCACAGAAGAUAACAAGUUUAUAUUUGAUGCGGCGACAAAGUUCUGUACUGAAAUAGCAACGCAUAGACAUGGAUGCUGUGUGCUCCAAAAAUGCAUUGCUUAUUCGAUGAGACAGCAACGAGAGAAGCUGAUCGCUGAAAUCUCUAGAAACAGUCUCCUCCUUGCUCAAGACCCGUUUGGGAACUACGCAGUGCAGUUCGUUAUAGAACUGAGGAUUCCUUCUGCGGUAGCGAUGAUGUUGACUCAGCUAAAAGGGCAUUACGUUCAGCUCUCGAUGCAGAAAUUCAGUAGCCACAUGGUGGAACGAUGUCUCAUGCACUGUCCGGAGAGUCGUCCACAGAUCGUGCGUGAGCUCGUCUCUGUUCCUCACUUUGAUCAGCUUCUUCAGGACCCUUACGCUAAUUUCGUCAUCCAAGCCGCUCUUGCCGCCACAAAGGGUCCACUUCAUGCUUCACUUGUGGAAGUCAUAAGGCCACAUUCGAUUCUGCGUAAUAAUCCUUAUUGCAAGAGGAUUUUCUCGAGGAAUCUAUUGAAGAAGUGAAGGAUAUGCUGCUGACUCAUUUUGCUGAGUCUGUAAUUUAAAAGAUAUGUAAUAUGUUGUUGUUUUUCUUUUAUUAUUUCUUCAUCAAGCUUCGUUCUCAUGAAUAAUCUCUGGAAAAUGGUCUAAGAUCCAGAGACGAAGAGCUCUGUGUUUUUUUUUUCUUUUUCUGUUUCUUAUUAUGUAUUUGCUGCUCUGUUGUUUCUUUUGUUGUUGUUUUUGUCUCUGCUAAUUUUGGGUUUUGGGAAUGGGAAUCUCAUGUUGUAAAAAAUCGGGUUUUUUUAUAACCCGGUUUAGUCUUUGAAUAAUUUCUUAUGAAUAACAUC